ACCAAGGGGAAGGGCAGUUCUGCUGACCAAACACGUGGUCAUUCUCACUUUUAAUCUCUCACUGGGUGAAGUGUAUCGCAGAAAUACAUCUCGUUUCUAAAGCUCAGGACUGGAGUUUAACAUUGUUUUAAAAUGCAGAAGGGGUCGUUUUCUCUCACCACAUCUUUUCGGGUUUUCUAUAUGCGACUAACGUUAGUCGGAUUUAGUUUCCUGCACUUCUCACUAGUCACAGGUGCACAAACUGAAUGUCCUCUUCAGCUCAACCCACAGAGAGUUGUUGUGAGAUACGGCGGUUCUGUUGCAGCUAAAUGUAACACUUCAGUCCCGCAUAAAGGGAUGGGAUGGGAAGCCAGUGAGGGAGCAGUGCCCAUGACCAAAAACCAGAGUCUGAUCACAUGGAGAGUGCCAGAACUGACAGAAUGGGACAUAAAGCCAUUCUGCUACAUAAACUAUAAGGAUGUGGAUCAGUGUCCAGUAGAGCUGCCAGUCACUGUUUACAAGACUCCAGACAGUGUGUUCAUCAGUGUGAAUCACAAUGGACCAAUGAAGGAGGGAGAGCUGUAUGAGCUCCAGUGUGACGUUCACAAUGUGGCUCCUGUUCAGAAUCUCACUGUCAACUGGUACAAAGGACAGACUCUGCUGGAUCAAACCACCUUCACUGACACUAGCGAGACUCCAGUGAAUGAAACUGUCAGACUCCUGAUCCGUCCAGACAGAGCUGAUGAUGGAGCUCAAUACAGGUGUGAAGCAGAGCUGGAUCUGGGAGCAGAAGGACCUCAACCUCAUCCUACAAUUUCAUCAAAUCCUCUCAGCAUUACUGUAUAUUUUAAACCAAUCAUCAAUGAGACCAAACUGCCCUCCGUAGUGCAUGUGUUUCGAGGCUAUCCAGAGGUGCUUGUUUGUGAAGCAGAGGGAAACCCAAAACCAACAAUCAGCUGGAGCCUCGGCGCAUAUGACACAGUACAUAGCACACAUAGUGAAAAACUUAAUAUAACAGAGUCAACACCUGAGGAUCUGUACUGCACUGCAAGCAAUUCUGUUGGCAGGAAGACCAGACAUGUAAAAGUGUCCAUACAAGAUAUUUCCAUCAGCUUUGUGAAUCACAGUGGACCAGUGAUAGUGGGCAAGCAGUAUGAGCUCCAGUGCUUCAUUCAGAAUGUGGAUCCAUCUAAGAGUGUUGUUGUGAGAUGGUACAAACUGAGUCAAACCAACUCCACUGAUACCACCAAGACUCCAGUCAGUAGCACAUCUAAACUCCACAUCAGUCCAGACAAAACUGAUGAUGGAGCUCAAUACUGGUGUGAAGCAGAAGGAACCCAACAUUAUCCAACAAUGUCAUCAGAACAUCUCAGCAUUACUGUACAUUAUAAACCAAUCAUCAAUGAGAUCAAACUGCCUUCCACAGUGCCUGUAUUUCGAGGCUAUCCAGAGGUGCUUGUUUGUGAAGCCGAGGGAAACCCAAAACCAACAAUCAGCUGGAGCCUCGGCGCAUAUGACACAGUACAUAGCACACAUAGUGAAAAACUUAAUAUAACAGAGUCAACACCUGAGGAUCUGUACUGCACUGCAAGCAAUUCUGUUGGCAGGAAGACCAGACAUGUAAAAGUGGUAUUAAAAGAGGAUUACCUGCCCUUAAUAGCAGGACUUAUUGCAGUCAUUGUGGCGUUCAUCUCAGUCAUCUUCAUCUUCAUCUUCUCUAUCUACUACAAAACAGCCAAGAUGGGCCAUUAUAGCCUGAAGGAUGCCAAGCCUAGUGCACAAAAUGGAAACAUAGCACAGAAUGGCAAACAGAACCCUAUUCCUAUGAAGAAACUCUCUCAGAGCAAUAUCCUUAGGCGACCCGUUUAUUUAUUCGCACGCCUCAACCGCGCCUUUGUCUGGUCGAUGGUACCCUCAAACACUUACAAUAUGCUGCAGUGUUUUUAUGGACUUGUUUAUCUUUCGGCCGUUUUAGCGUUUGCAACUCUGACAGGUACACAAGCUGAAUGUCCUGUUCAGCUCAACCCACAGAGAGUUGUUGUGAGAUACGGCGGUUCUGUUGCAGCUAACUGUAGCACUUCAGUCCCGCAUAAAGGGAUGGGAUGGGAAGCCAGUGAGGGGGGAGUGCCCAUGACCAAAAACCAGAGUCUGAUCACAUGGAGAGUGCCAGAACUGACAGAAUGGGACAUAAAGCCAUUCUGCUACAUAAACUAUAAAAUAGGCAAUGAGGAUCAGUGUAAAGAAGAGCUCCCAGUCACUGUUUACAAGACUCCAGACAGUGUGUUCAUCAGUGUGAAUCACAAUGGACCAAUGAAGGAGGGAGAGCUGUAUGAGCUCCAGUGUGACGUUCACAAUGUGGCUCCUGUUCAGAAUCUCACUGUCAACUGGUACAAAGGACAGACUCUGCUGGAUCAAACCACCUUCACUGACACUAGCGAGACUCCAGUGAAUAAAACAGCCACACUCCUGAUCCGUCCAGACAGAGCUGAUGAUGGAGCUCAAUACAGGUGUGAAGCAGAGCUGGAUCUGGGAGCAGAAGGACCUCAACCUCAUCCUACAAUUUCAUCAAAACCUCUUAAUGUUGAAGUAUACUAUAAACCACAACACUCCAGUUCAACAGAGACCAUCAUUAAAGACGACAAGGUCAUGCUAGAUUGUACAGUGAAGGCAAACCCGGCUUCUACGUACACAUGGGAUCAUCUGAAAGAGAAGAACAGCUCCUCAGUGCUCAAGUCCUCAGCACUCAGUCCAGGAAACUACACAUGCACCGCCACAAACGCUCUGGGAAGAGACAGCAAAGUGUUCAUCGUCAAAUCUACAGACAGAACCACAUUCUGGGCUAUUGUUUUAACCGGCGUGGCGGUGGCAGUGGCGUUAAUCGCCUCUUAUUUGAUUUUCAAGUUUGGGUUUUCCAAGAAUUCUGUCAUUUGAUGGACAAGAGAUGACCUCAAAGUGGGACAUUCUCCUCAGGGAGAUCAUUAAAAACUUGAUUAUUGUGGGUUAUUUUUUAAAGGAAUAGUUCACCAUCAGGCCAUCUAAGAUGUAGAUGAGUUUGUUUCUUCAU